AUGGAGUUCCUGAGGGCCGGCGGGACGGGGCUUUUUCAGAAGAAAACGGCUGACUCGCCUGAUGCGAUCCUGAGGAAUGGGCUGAACAACAGAUACCGUGUGCUGGAGGUCAGCGUGAUCCAGAGGAAUGGAAGUGACCCUGAGAAGCACCUGACAAUUACAGCCUCCCCCUCACUGGAAAGUACAGAGCUGUGCAUCCUUAGGAAUGGCUGGGAGUCUGUCCCCGUGGUUCCAGGGGACAUUGUUCACUUGGAAGGGGAGUGCAGCUGUGGCACGUGGGUGGUCAGUGCCCAGAGCGGGUACCUGGUGCUGUACCCAGACCUGCUGCUCUCGGGCACCGCCAUCUCCAGCAGCAUCCGCUGCAUGAGGAGGGCAGUGCUGAGCGAACGCUUCAGGGGCUCUGAACCAGGCUCACCCCAAAUGCUGGUUGGGACAAUCCUUCAUGACAUCUUCCAGCAGUCAGUCACCAAUGACCUGGCACCAGAAAAGGUGCAGGAGCUAGCAAAUAAAAUUGUGUAUGGACAGAAGUACCUCAAGGAAAUGUAUCUCUUAAAUGUGAAACAAGCACAAAUAAUGCAAGAAAUAGAAGAAUAUUUGCCAUCAUUUUUUAAGUGGGCAGAAGACUUCAUGCACAAUCCAGCAAACCAAAACAAAAUGCAACUAAAACUGUCAAAUGGUGGGAAAACAGAAGAUGUAUCUUCUAAGAUAGAGGUUGUAGAGAUCUUGGACAUUGAGGAGAACAUCUGGUCUCCCAGGUUUGGGCUGAAGGGCAAGAUUGAUGUUACAGCCAGGGUGAAAAUCCACUGCCAGGGUGGAGUGCAGUCUCGGGUAAUGCCUUUGGAGCUCAAGUCUGGCAAGGAAUCCAACUCCAUCGAGCACAGGAGUCAGGUCAUUCUGUACACAUUGCUGAGCUUAGAGCGGAGGGCAGACCCUGAAGCUGGAUUUCUUCUUUAUCUGAAAACUGGUACAAUGUAUCCUGUGUCUGCAGCUCGCAUGGACCGGAGAGAAUUAAUGAAGUUGAGAAAUCAUGUGGCCUUCUACUUAACACACAGUACCUAUAAACCUGAUGUGGGAAGGCAGAAUUCACAGCUUGCUGCUUUGCCUCCUGUGAUUGAUGACAGUCAAACAUGUAAAUACUGUUCCCAAAUGCACAACUGCUUUCUGUACAGCAGAGCUGUGGAGCAGAAGAUGCCCAGUGUGGCCUUUCCUCCUGCUUUGGUGCCUGUCAUUGACAGAGAGACCCAGCACCUGAAACCCUCCCACCUGGAGUAUUUCAGCCUCUGGUAUCUGAUGUUGACCUUGGAGCUGCAAAGUGGAGAGCAUAAAAAGGGAUACAAAAAUAUAUGGAUGAUACCUUCUUUGGAAAGAGAGAAGGCUGGAGAUUGUGUUGGAAACAUGGUCAGAGUUGAUGAAGUCCAUGAAGUUUCUGAGGGACAGUAUCUGCAUUUUUUCCAGCGUAGAAACGGUGCCAUACCUGGGACAAACCUGUUGGUUGGUGAUCGAGUGGUUGUGAGUGGAGAGGAAAAGGGUCUGCUUGGUUUGGCUACUGGCUAUGUUAGAGAAGCCAGUGGAACAAAAGUCUCCUGUUUGUUGGGCAGGAAUUUGUCCAACCUCCCCAAGAACACUGUAUUCAGGUUGGACCAUGAUGAAGGAGAUGUUGGUACAGGAGUCCCUUUUAAAAAUCUUUCUAAAUUGAUGAAAGAUUGCCCAGUCAGUGAAAGGCUCCGCAAACUGAUCAUUGAUUUCCAGAAACCAUGUUUUAUUCAGCACUUGAGCUCUGUCCUUCCUCCUGAAGCAAAGGAAACUGUUGCAAAUAUUUUAAAAGGUCUAAAUAAGCCUCAGAAACAGGCAAUGAAGCAAGUGCUACUUUCAAAGGACUACACACUUAUUGUGGGCAUGCCUGGAACAGGAAAAACGACUACAAUAUGUGCUCUAGUGAGAAUUCUUUCUGCUUGUGGAUUUAGUGUCCUCCUGACCAGUUUUACACACACAGCUGUGGACAAUGUCCUGCUGAAGUUGGCCAAAUUCAAAGUUGGUUUCUUGCGCUUGGGCCGAGCUCAGAAGGUUCACCCAGAUAUUCAGAAAUAUACAGAAGAAGAAAUCUGCAGGUCCAGAUCAAUUAAGUCUGUAACAGAUUUGGAAGAGGUCUAUAAUAGUCAGCCAGUGGUAGCAACCUCUUGCAUGGGAGUGAAUCACCCCAUCUUUGCUCAGAAGCAAUUUGACUUCUGCAUUGUUGAUGAAGCUUCCCAAAUCAGCCAGCUCGUCUGCCUGGGCCCGCUGUUCUGCUCCAAAAGGUUUGUGCUGGUGGGGGAUCAUCAGCAGCUGCCUCCUCUUGUGCUGAAUGCAGAAGCAAGAGAUCUUGGCAUGAGUGAAAGCUUAUUUAAAAGGCUGGAACAAAACCAAAAUGCUGUUGUCCAAUUAACUGUGCAAUACAGGAUGAAUAGUAAGAUUAUGUCAUUGAGUAACAUGCUGGUCUAUGAAGGCAAACUGGAAUGUGGCUCAGAGAAGGUGUCAAAUGCCACUGUUAACUUGCCCAACCUAAAGAAAUUGAAACUGGACCUUGGGGAUGCUUCAAAGUCAUGGCUGAAAGAAGUCCUUGAUCCAGACACAGCUGUGUGUUUUCUGAACACAGAGAAGGUCCCAGCACCAGAACAUGCAGAAAAAGGUGGCAUAAGCAAUGUGACAGAAGCUAAAAUAGUGCUUUUCCUCACAUCCUUAUUUAUUAAGGCCGGCUGUAAGCCCUCAGACAUUGGCAUCAUCUCACCCUACAGACAUCAGUUAAAAACAAUCACUGACUUGAUGGCAAAAUGGAAGGAGAACAGAGUGGAAGUGAACACGGUUGACAAAUACCAAGGAAGAGACAAAAGUAUCAUAAUUGUGUCCUUUGUUAGGAACAGCAUUGAUGAAAAUCUGGGCUCCCUGCUGAAGGACUGGCGCCGCCUGAACGUGGCCAUCACCAGAGCCAAGCACAAGCUGGUCAUGGUGGGCUGUGUUCCCUCCCUGUGCUGCUACCCUCCCCUGGAGAAGCUCCUCUGCCACCUGCAGUCCCAGGCAAUGAUCUUGAAUCUUCCAGUCGGGGCUCAUGAAAGUAUCCACAAGUGUAACAUCUUAUGA